UUUUAAAUUAUACAGCAGCAGCAGCAGCAGCUUCCUGUGCUUUACACCUGCUCAGAGAGAGGGAAGCUUAUCUGUUGGCCAGAACAGGAGAGCUGCAAGAAGAAGAAGUUUCUUGCAUCUUUGCUGUUUUUCAUCCUCUAGUUUUGUUUCUUUUUUCUUUCUUCAACCUUCAGGAAUGGUUCUUAGCAACUUCUGCAUUGUCUGGUCUUAUUUUGUCAUUUUUCUACAAAGCAGAUUUGUGAUCUGUAAGGAGAUGAAGUUCCCCAGCAGGGUGCAGAACCCUCCGUCUCCAUCCGACUUUCUGGACAAGUUGAUGGGACGAACAUCUGGCUACGAUGCUCGCAUCAGACCCAAUUUCAAAGGUCCUCCUGUCAACGUUACCUGCAACAUCUUCAUUAACAGCUUUGGAUCCAUCACAGAAACAACCAUGGACUACCGGCUAAAUGUAUUUCUACGGCAGCAGUGGAAUGACCCCAGGCUUGCCUAUAAGGAGUAUCCGGAUGACUCCCUGGACUUAGACCCCUCCAUGUUAGACUCCAUCUGGAAACCUGAUCUGUUCUUUGCAAAUGAAAAAGGAGCAAACUUUCAUGAAGUUACGACCGACAACAAACUUCUUCGGAUAUUCCAGAAUGGAAACGUCCUCUACAGCAUCAGGUUGACACUCACUCUCUCCUGCCCGAUGGAUCUGAAAAACUUCCCCAUGGACAGCCAGACAUGCACGAUGCAGCUCGAGAGCUUUGGCUACACCAUGAAUGACCUUAUUUUCGAAUGGCUGGAUGUCGGAGCGGUGCAGGUGGCCCAUGAUCUGAUGCUUCCUCAGUUUGUGCUGAAAGAAGAGAAAGGUCUGGGUUACUGCACCAAGCACUACAACACAGGUAAAUUCACCUGCAUAGAGGUUAAGUUCUACCUGGAGCGUCAAAUGGGCUACUACCUGAUCCAGAUGUACAUACCGAGCCUGCUAACCGUCAUCCUGUCCUGGGUGUCCUUCUGGAUCAAUAUGGACGCGGCUCCGGCCAGAGUGGGACUGGGGAUCACCACUGUGCUCACCAUGACAACACAAAGCUCAGGCUCCAGAGCCUCUCUACCAAAGGUGUCUUAUGUCAAAGCCAUAGACAUCUGGAUGGCAGUGUGUCUCCUCUUUGUGUUUGCUGCGCUGCUGGAGUACGCAGCUGUUAACUUCGUUUCACGCCAGCACAAGGAGUUCUUCAGACUGAGAAAGAAGCUCAAAGAGAAGCAGCAGCAGAGAGCUCAGGGUGGCGGUGACGGUAAGGUGAAAGGCAACAGCACGCCAGGAAACAACUCUGCUCAUGGGAGCGUAACCCAGCGGUGCAGUGCCUGUGCCAGGGAAGAGGAGCUGGCGCAGCAGGGGUUUCUCCUCCAGAGCAUUGGACUCUACCUGUCCAAUGCGCCAGAGAUGGAUGCAACGCCAGUUUUUGCUGAUCUACCUCCAGGUUUAGGUUUUUACGAAAUCCGCCGACGUUUUGUGGAACAGGCCAAAAGGAUUGACACCAUCUCCCGAGCCGCGUUCCCAAUGAGCUUCCUGGUGUUUAAUGUGCUCUACUGGCUCACCUACAAAGUUCUGCGACACGAGGACCUUCAAUUCCAUCUUUGACGACCAUGAUGACAACGGAUACUUUUGAGUCCUGACGUCGUCACUGAAACAUUUGCAGACUGAGAGGCCUUCAAUGGGCCAUGGAGGAUAUAGGACUGCAUGUGCAGUGCCACAGACAUUGCAGCAUAAAACAAACUGGGUUUUGAUUUCCAAGAAAAAUCCCUAUUUCCCUUUAUUAUGCAUUGCACAUCAGAUUACAGCGUGUGUGUACAAUCAACAACUAUAUGCAUCUAUGUGUGCAGUAGAAUUACUUUUAUUUUGACUGCUUAACAAUCAGGUCAGUACUUUUAAGAGUGCACUUUUUAAC